AUGGUUGCGAUGGGGCGAUGGGCUUUCGCCUUCCUUCUGCUGAUGGGCGUCGCGGAACUCGCCGCCGCGAGAGUCCCGAAUAUCGACGCAAGAGGGGAAGCAUCGUCAGGAGGAAGGGAUUUACUGCAUUCGCGAAGGUUAGUCAUGAAAAAGGCGAACGAGGUGAAUAAGGAUCUCAUUAUUGCCGCCUCCGAAGGAAAUGCCAAGGCCAUCAAGAAAGCCAUCGCCGGCGGCGCCGACAUUGAGUCCAAGCACGGGGAUCAGGAGGACACGGCCUUGACCAUAGCCGCGCACGCGGGACACCUCGCCGCAGUCAAAGCUCUCAUCGACGCAGGCGCCAAUGUCUCCGCGGCCGACACAGAAGGCACCACGGCCCUCUUUGCCGCAGCUCAGGAAGGACACGUGAAGGUCGUGGACGCCCUAUUGAAGGCAGGAGCAGAGGUGAACGCCCAGCGGUCCGCGGACGGCGGCACGGCCCUCAUAAUUGCCUCCCAGGGCGGUCACCUGCCCGUCGUCCAAUCCCUCAUAGCCUCGGGCGCCGACGUCGACCUGGCGGCGGACGGGGGCGCCACGGCCCUGACGUUGGCUGUGGCGGGGCCCCACGUGAAAGUGGUGGCGGCGCUACUGGAGGCGGGCGCGGACCCCAAUCUGGGAAACGACAUAGGAGCGGUGCCGCUGCACGUUGCCGCGAGUUUCGUCGGUGCCGGGGAGGCCAUGGCGUCGCAGCUGAUCGCGUCCGGCGCCAACGUGGACGCCGCGACUGCGACCGGGCUGACGCCCCUGAUGGUGGCGGCCCGAGUGGGUAAUGUUCCAGUGGCCAUGGUGCUGCGAGAGGCGGGCGCAGACGCGGGGGCAGAGAUGGAAGGGGGCGUCAAGGCGACGGACCAGAUCUGCGGAUGCCUGGAGGACGGCGAGGGGGAGUCGGCGUGCCUGGAGGGCGUGUGCGGCGAGGCCAGCAAGAAGGAGACCGUGGAGAAGAUCAUGGAGAUUCUGGCCUGA